GUUCCUGCGUUACCGCCCUUGGGGUGAGUGAGUAAAGUAAGCAUUGGAGACAACACACCCGCAGGGAAGACUGAGUUAUUGGCAGAGGUUUUUCCCAAUUCGACUUCAUCAGUCAUAGGAAGCCUCGCUUGGGUCCAGAACUGCGAUUGAGUUGAAGGAACAGUGAGGUUGUGCUUUUUCUGUGCUGUACCGUGCUCCUGCUGUGCCGUGUGAGUUUCAAGCUAGCCGCAGCCUGAACCAUGGCUCUGUCGUACAAGAAAGACCUGGACAAGUACAAGGAGAUUGACGAAGAUGAGAUCCUCAACAAGUUGUCUGUGGAGGAGCUCAAACAGCUGGAGACGGCGCUCGAGGAAAUGGACCCUGAGAAUGCUCUCCUCCCAGCAGGCCUGCGUCAGAAGGACCAGACAGCCAAGACAGCAACAGGAACCUUCAAUAGGGAACGCCUCCUCAGCUACCUGGAGAAGGAGGCCCUGGAGUACAAGGACAGAGACGAUAUCGUGCCCUUCACUGGGGAGAAAAAAGGCAAAGUGUUCAUCCCCAAACAGAAACCCAUCGAAACACGCCAGGAAGAUGUUACGACUCUUGACCCAGAGCUGGAGGAAGCUUUAUCCAGCGCCACAGACACAGAACUGUGUGACCUUGCAGCAAUCCUGGGAGUGCACACACUUGUGACCAGUACUCAGACAUAUGAUGGGACCACUACUAAAGAGGGUUUCAACAAUGUGAUCAAGGGAGAGAAGAUGAAUCCAGUGUUUGAUGAGCCACCCAACCCCACCAAUGUAGAGGAAACCCUGCAGAGGAUAAAAAGCAAUGACAGCUCCCUAACAGAGGUCAAUCUUAACAACAUCAAGAACAUUCCAAUACCCACGUUGAAGGAGUUUGCCAAAGCCAUGGAGAGCAACAUACAUGUCAAGAAGUUCAGCUUGGCAGCCACACGGAGUAAUGACCCCAUCGCUGUGGCAUUCAGUGAUAUGCUGAGGGAGAACAAGACAUUGCGUAGUCUCAAUCUGGAGUCUAACUUCAUCACUGGGGCCGGGGUGCAGGCACUGGUUGAAGCGUUAAGGGACAAUGACACUCUCACAGAGAUCAAAAUAGACAACCAGAGGCAGCAGCUGGGUACCACAGUUGAGAUGGAGAUAGCUAAAAUGCUGGAGGAGAACAACGGCAUAGUGAAAUUUGGUUACCACUUCACCCAGCAGGGACCACGCUCCAGGGCUGCUGCAGCUAUCACCAAGAACAACGAUCUAGUCCGCAGGAGGCGAGUGGAAGGGGACCUGUAAGGGGCAGAGCCUAUCCUGUCUCAAGCCAAUGUCUCAUCUCACAAUGUGGAAUAAUUUCAGCCAAUCCCCUGGUCUCAUCUCACUGUGUGGAAUCUUGUGCCAAACUGUGGAGUAAGGCACCCUCAACCAGAACCAACAUCUGAGAAGAAGGGAAAUAACUGGAAUUGCCCUCUCCCAUCUACUUGUUCAUACUUAUUUUUAUUAUGUUAUUAUUGAUGCUAUUAUUGCAGCUGUAAAUCUAUUUUUUAGUUUUUAGUAAUUUCAUUUCACUUGCUCCUUUUGUUUUCCUGAGCCUAUAUGUGAUCUUUCCAAACAUAUAUUCGUUCUGUUUGGUUUCGUUUUUUUUAUACGAUGAGCUUGUGAAACAUGACAUGAUCAUGAUCAAGUAAGGGAAACAUCAGCUUUCAACCAUAAACUAACAUUGAGGAGUCCCUGUUUCCUCUACUUUGAUAAUGACUUGUCGAUCCAUUAGCUUCCAAGGAGUUCAAAUCCAGAGCGUUCCUCAUCAGUGGAGAAACUAGGAUAGCUGAAAGAUCACAAAUUGCAUCUUUCCUUGAGAAAGUUGAGCAGAGUGAGGCUUAAGCAAACCUCCACCCACCCACCCAUUCCAGCUAACUGGUGCCCCAUAGAGAAUGAUAAAUUCUUGGCCAUUGCUGGUACCUUGCAUCCCAUGCAGAUUCACUGUACAGCUGUAGAAAGCACACAGUGCUGUCACUUGCCGUGUAAACAACAGCAGAAAGUAACAACAUUCAGCUGUACUGUGACUGAACAGACGGCUGUUCUUCGUUUACACAGCAGAGGGUAUCUGCUCUUGAGAUGCUGUGUGCUGGUAGUGCUAGGCUUAGCUUAGAGGCAGGGGGGAUUUCAGGGCUAGCUAAGAGGGGUUGCCUUUUGAAGUGAGCUGCAUGUUGGCCAAAACAGCUAGACCUGUAGAUAAGCUAGUGUUUGUGUCAGUUAUUGUGUGCGGUUACAUUGUGCAAUCGCUUGGUUGGCGCUGGUUUCAUUUGGUGGUCAGAUAGCAUUUAGGAAAAGGCUCCAUUUGUCUUGUGAAGAUGCUAUAUUAAAACAAUAAUGAUUUUUUUUUCAGCUCUUUGGUAUAAAGUGCAUGAAAGUCUUAAAAUUUCUCUAGUGUUUUAUUCUGGCUGAAGCUGUUUUUAUAUAUAUAUAUAUAUAUAUAUGGUUCAGAUUCUGGUUUUGAAUAUCAAUGGUUAUCCCCACACCUCAGUGGUUAAAAAAAAAAAAGGAUCUACACUGCUCAUUUUGAACCCUGUAAAAGUGGGACUGCACCACAGGAUAUGAAGCCCAUUCCAGUCUGAAGAAGCACUGACCUGAAUUUGCUUUCUUAGCAGUGAUCUUAUUGUUUAUGUUUUCGCUUCUAUUUGGCUUCUCCGACAUGUAACCAUGCCAAAGACAAGCCUGUGCAGCGCCUAAUGUAUCUAUACCAGACUUCUUAUAGGCUAGGUGCUUGCUUCAUCCUGAUACUGUGGUUUCUUUAUACAAAGGAGAUGUUGGACUGUAGGGGAGCCAUUCAAGAGUCUGUGAGUUCAUAACAAUAGUCUGUACAUGUCUAGUGCAUCAAAUCACUUUUUUUUCCAUUUGCACCAUGCCAUUACACUUUUUUUCCUCUUUGUGGGCCAUCACUGUAUAAAGGAAUAUGUUAAACUCAUAUAGUUCACAAUGAGAUGUGAAAAAGGAAUGGCACAACAGAUUUUUUUUGUCUUGUGAACCCUUCCUGACUUGUUUUGUCAAGUUGCAGCUACCUGUUAGUUGUUUUUAUGAAUAUCAGGACUUAGAUGGAAAGGGUUUCCAACAGGCCUUGAAAAUGUGAGCCUUUAACACAAACUCACAAACUCAUCUACACUCACACAGCAUGAUCGUGGUGGUGGUGUGUCAUUCAUUAUGUAUGAGAUUGAAAAGUCUUGGGUGCACUGGCUUGCCUGAGAUGGGCACAACAGGACCAAUUCAACGGUUACUUGAAACGUGUAUUUACUGUUAAUGUCUUUUAAUAGGAACAAUGUGUUGGCAUGCACUCAUCAUGUUUCCGUUGACCAAAUAUGUAUUUUCAUCUUAACCUCUACAUUCCUCGGACACAGGUUCAGUGCUGUGGAUUUUACUCUCUUUGUGCUGCGUCUGUCAUCUCUCCUUUCCCUCUUCUACUUUUGUUUUUUCAUUACUUUCCUUUGCUGGUGGAUCAUCUGCUUAAGUGGACUGCCUCUUUGCUUCAUGUUGUUCAUAUCCUGUGAUCUUACAGUAUGUAUUCACAAUACAUUGUAAAAUGCCAUCUCAAAUGUAAAAAACACAAAUACACAAGCGUAAGCAAGACACUGCUUAAUGGGUUUUUUUGUUUUUUGUUUGUUUUUUUUACUGCUGAAGCAUCCAGGUCUAGUCUCCUGAAGAGGGAAUACAUACUAUUGUAAAACCACAAUACUGGGGAAGGCACUGUUGAAUAUGACGUCCUCAACAAUAAAUGUUUUUGCAUA